AUGUCAACUAAAUCAAAAAUAUGCGUUGUGUGCGGGGAAUGGGCUAAAGGCAAUAAUUUCGGUGUCAUUACAUGUCAAUCGUGUAAAGCAUUCUUCCGGAGAAAUGCCAACAAAUCCAAUGAAUGGAUACUGAAUGAGGAGGAAAGGCAUUUGAGACGUAAACAGAUCGAGGAGAACAGGAUUAGGAAACUCAACAAGUCUUACACCAGUAGUAAACCUAUUAAAGGGACAGUUAGUCAGGAAUCGGACGACUCGUCAGACUCUUCAUUGUCAUCACUAUUA